AUGGAGAAAUCACUCGUGAUGUGGGAUGACGUGAUUGGCGAGCCGGAAGGGAUCCGGAGUCCCGAAUGCGCUUGGCGGCUCAGCGGCCACUGCUUCCGGCUCUCCAGAGGAUGCUGCUACGUGCUCCUCUCCGUCCUCAUUGCGCCUCUGCUCGCCCUGAUGUUGGGCUUCACGUUCGCCUGCCUCGCGUUUCAGCAUAUAUGGUGUCUCGCACCGUGUCUGCGCGUGUGGAAGAUCACAUGCGCGGCGACGCGAAAUUUCUUGGCGGCGGUGACGCAGGCAAUCGUACGGCCGAUCAUGGAGGGGUUGGGUUACCUCUGCUACAAUAUCCGUGUAUUUAAUCAGAGGCUACCGGAUGGCCCUCACCAGAAGGAGGACCUGCUCAUCGUGUAAUCCGACGAUCCCAGCGGCGGCUUCGAUGGGUCUACUUUUCG